CAAGCCACCUCCUCACCUCACAGCCCGGGCGUCUUCUCCACCAAUCACAUCCUCUUGUUGGCUUGAAGAUGAGGAGGGUUUGAAGAUGAAGAAGCCUAUUUAUCAGCUAAGCACUUCUUACUUUGACAUUUAUAUCAUUGGGCUCCUCCAGCAUCCACAGACAAGCUGGGCUUUGCUAAAUUUGGGGACUUUUGCAACACCUGCACAUCAGGUGUUGGAAACUGAGAAUAUAAGAGUGGGACUGUGCUGUUUGCAGUGAAGAUGCUUCGGUUUCAGGUGCAGGUGCUUCUGAUGUUUUUGUGCUCAUCUGUGCUGUUGGUGCAGAUCAGCGGUGCUCCACGCAAUGACCAGCUGACAGAAGCACUACGAGCAGACCUCGCGAGUGACAAGAAUCUUAUUCGCUUGCUCUUACUGCGGUUUGUGUCUGAGCUGAUGGCGUCAAGAGAAGAGAUGCUCCAGGAGCUGGAGGACGACGACUUGGGAGGCAGGGCGAGGCUGACGAGACGACACAUUCGCUUCUCACAAAGGGAGCGCAAAGCAGGCUGCCGCAACUUCUUCUGGAAGACGUUCACCUCAUGUUAACACUGGACA